UCAUCUCCUUAAGGAUCUGGUUGCUGAUCUGAAGUCAAAGAGAAGCUUUUUAGAGUCCAAUAGGCUGCAUCAGAUGGAAAGAGACUUGUUUAAUCUUAAAAAUGGAGCGUUACAUAGGAUGUGAGAUUUCUAAAGUACCUUUAUCUGAUAUUGCUCAGAGGAUUAUGACAGCUCUGCAAUCUAUUCCUGUAGAAGCUCAGACUAACAGAGAAAAUAAUCAGAGUGUAGAGAAGAUGAAGGAAAAUAAACUAGGUGAUAAGGAUGCACAUCUGAGAAAUGAAAAGGAGGAUUGUGAUUCCAGAAUUUCCAUAUUAAAAGCAACUGUCAGCCCUGAAAAAAGAACUGCUGGUCAGAUAGUCAGGAUAGGGCAUAUGGAUGAAAUACUUGGCUGUCAAGAUACCAAAAUAUCUGGCAACUGUUACCAGGAUUCAGGCUUCCCAAAAUGGGGAUAUCGAGAAAGGAAUCUUUCAGUAGAAGAAAAAAACCUGAAGGAAUGGGAAAAGAAUAUAGUUAUUCCUCUUAAAAGAAAGCAAAACGUGUCUACAUCUUGCUCAGAGAAAACAAGAAGAUUGCAGGUAAAUACCUACAUGUUCUUACAUGAAAGAAGAUACAGCUGUACUCCUGGACAAACAAAGUCUUCUGGAAAGUAUCCUUGUGAUAUCAGCAGUUUAGGAUGUGAAGAGAAAAGUGAACUGCUUGCAACCAUAGAACAGGCAGCAGCUUUUGUAACUACUAUGAUAUUUCAAGAUGGUUCUUCACAGCUGAGCUCGGAGCAGGCCUCUACCUCAUCAGUAAAAGGAGUUGUUGUGCUGGUGAAGAAUCAGACUGAUCAGCCUUGUCCUCCCAGUCACACUUCAACUGGCUGUGCUUGGAAUGCUGAUAAUGAAAAUGAUAAAUUAAUUUAUUUGAAAACUGAACAGUCAUCUCUUUGGGAACAAGAACAAGCUCACAAGAAAUUUUCUUGGCAAGUGUUAUUUCAAAUGCUACAGAGUAAAGUUCCAAUAAUUUGCUUCAAUGCAAAAGAUUUCCUGAGGACUCUACUUCAAGUUUAUAGUAAUGAAAUCAGCUGGAAACAAGUUGCCAAUAUUGUCAUGCUAGAUCCAAGGAUUGCAGCAUGGCUGAUAAACCCCAGCGACACAGUUCCUUCCUUUGAGUGUUUAAUACAGAAGUAUUUUGAAAAACCUUUUUUAAAGGGAGCAGAAAAUACAGAUAUGGGCACUUUGAUAAAUGUAUCUUAUCAAAACUUGGGUGUGAACUUGGAGAAGCUUUAUAAUGUAAUGAUGGACCUUGCUCAUGGCUUAAAGGCUCAAGGUUUGUGGAACUUAUUUUGCACAUUAGAGCUUCCACUUAUCAAAAUUCUGGCAGUGAUGGAAACACACAAAAUAUAUGUGAACAAACAAGAACUGAAAAAAACAUCAGAGAUUCUAGGGUUGCGGCUCAAAGAGCUUGAACAGGAGGCUCAUGAGGUUGCUGGAGAACGAUUCCUUUUGACCAGCAGUUGUCAACUCCGAGAGGUACUAUUUGAUAAGUUAAAGCUGCAUACGCUGUGUGAGAAACUUCACAGAACUGAAAUACAACAGCUUGUAUCCACCUCAGAAGUUGUGCUAAAUAAAUUGCAAGAUCUUCAUCCUUUGCCUAAGAUAAUUUUAGAAUACCGCCAGGUUCAUAAGAUGAAAUCAACUUAUGUGGAUGGACUGCAAACAUACAUGAAAAAGGGAUUUAUUUCCUCUACAUGGAAUCAAACUGGAACUGUGACUGGCAGACUUUCAGCCAAACAUCCUAAUAUUCAAGGUAUCUCUAAACAUCCAGUUACAGUUACAAAGAAACAGUACAUAAAAGGAAAAGAAGAGGACGUAAUAAUUAUUUCCCCACGAACAUUGUUUGUUUCAAAAAAAGGAUGUACAUUUUUAGCGGCAGACUUUUCCCAUAUUGAGUUAAGGAUCCUUGCUGACUUAUCAUCUGAACCAGAACUUCUGAAACUGUUCCAAGAACCUGAAAUCACUGAUAUCUUUGCUACACUGGCUUCUCAGUGGAAAGGGAUUCCAAGUGAACAAGUGAAACAUGCUGAUAGAGAGCAAGCCAAGCGUAUAGUUUACUCAGUGGUUUAUGGAGCAGGUAAAGAACGUCUUGCUGACUGCUUGGGAAUAACUCCUGUUCAAGCUGGUCAAUUUAUAGAGAGUUUUAUGCAAAAAUACAAGAAAGUACAUGAAUUUACGAAGAAAACCAUUGAACAGUGCCGAGAUAAAGGUUACGUGGUUUCCAUAAUGGGACGCAGAAGGCCCCUGGCCAAUAUCAAUGCACAGGAUUACAAGCUACGCACUCAAGCAGAGAGGCAGGCUGUCAAUUUUGUUGUUCAAGGCUCUGCAGCUGAUCUUUGUAAAAUGGCUAUGGUGAAGAUUUUUGCCUCUGUUGUCAUUUCUCCAACUUUAACAGCCAGGUUAAUUGCCCAGAUCCAUGAUGAAUUGUUAUUUGAAGUAGAAGAUUCUCAAAUCCAGGAAUUCUCAGCACUGGUAAAAAGAACAAUGGAGUCCCUGCAGCAAACCACAGCCUUGGAAGUACCAUUGAAGCAAAUUACUGUAGAAGUCCUGACAUACUUUCGGUCGUGCGGCAUGUUAGACUACAUCCAUCAUGAAGAUACUUCACCUUCCUCUGAAGCCUCAAAAAGAGAUCAAUGACACAGGCCAGAUAGAAAACACAAAGUUUGAUCUUAGAGAAUAA